GACAGGAAGUGGAGUCCCGCCCUUCCCGAGGCGAGCGCCUGCCUGGAGUGUGAGGCUCACAUGGCGCCCUAGCUGGCAUAAUCAUGUUGCACUGCCUUUCGUACAUACUCAAAACUAGUCCAGUUGCUUCUAGGUGUGCACUUAGGAGUGUGUCUCUCAAGACAGGAGAAUGGAAGACAAAGGAUGUCCCCCAAAGAUACCUGGGACAGCCGAGCCCAUAUACACACCCUCAUCUCAUCAAACGUGGCGAGGUGACUCCCGGUGUGACUCAGGCUGAAUUUGAGCUGCGUCGCCAGCGGCUGGCAUCACUGAUCGAGGGCCGGGCGAGGCAGCAGACAGGCUGUAGCCAUGCUUCCGACUCCUUUCACAUUGUCAUCGUCCUGUCACAUCCUGUCCUCUACAUGACCAACGACAUCCCCUACCCGUUCCACCAGAACCGGAACUUCCUGUACCUGACGGGCAUAACAGAGCCGGACAGCGCCCUGGUAAUGUUCGGCUCCGGGAGGCCGGACCAGGCCAUGCUGUUCGUGCCACGGAGAGACCCGGCUCGGGAGCUGUGGGAUGGGCCGCGCUCGGGCCGGGAUGGAGCUGCCGCCCUCACGGGUCUGGAGAGGGUACACAGCAUCCAGGAGCUGGGCCUUGUCCUGAAAAGUCUUAAAGGAGGAACGGUGUGGUAUGAUGCCGCGCAGCCAUGCCACCCAGGGCUGCACCAGACCCAUGUGCGUCCCCUGCUGGAGGGAGGAGCUCUGGUACGCUCUCUUCGCCCGCUCGUUCACUCGCUGCGAGCCGUGAAGAGCCCUGCUGAGAUUGAACUCAUGAGGGAGGCAGGACGCAUUACAGCGCAGGCCUUUAAGAAGACCAUGGCAACCUGCAGAGGUGACAUAGACGAGGCGCUAAUCUAUGCUAAGUUUGAUUUUGAGAGUCGUGCGCACGGUGCUAACUACCUCGCGUAUCCUCCAGUGGUUGCAGGUGGAAAUCGUGCGAACACGCUACACUACAUCAGUAACAACCAGAUCGUUAAGGACGGAGAGAUGCUGCUGUUGGACGGAGGGUGUGAAUACUUUGGCUAUGUCAGUGACGUCACGCGCACCUGGCCUGUUAAUGGAAAGUUCAGCGAGGCCCAGCGGGAGCUCUACGAGGCCGUGCUGGAGGUGCAGCUAGCCUGUGUGGAUCUGUGCUGUUCUGGGGUCAGUCUGGACCACGUGUACGCCACCAUGCUGACACUGCUCGCAAAACAGCUCCGAGAGCUCGGCAUCCUACCUCACGGGGCCAGCGACACGGAUGCCGUCAAGGCGGCACGUCGCUACUGCCCCCACCACGUGAGUCACUACCUGGGCAUGGACGUGCAUGACACCCCUGAGCUAUCGCGCUCCCAGCCCUUACAGCCGGGCAUGGCUGUCACGGUGGAGCCCGGGCUGUACUUCAGCGAGAGUGACGACUCUUGUCCAGAGAGGUUCCGGGGCCUUGGGAUUCGGAUAGAAGACGACGUGGUGAUUCAAGAACACGGGGGCCCCCUUAUCCUGUCCUCUCACACCCCCAAAACAGUGGCGGAUGUGGAGAGAGCAUGUGCACAGGCGGAGGGAUGAGGGAGGGUGGGGUGAGCCCCGUGGCCCAGGACAGCGCACACCAGAGCCCUCCUUUUCCAAACGCCUUCCUCCUUUGCAUUGUACACAAUAUCUAGUGCUGUCCAAAGAUCUUCUUCUAGUGCAGCAGUGCUCACCUCCAGUCCUGGGGAUCUUUCUGCCUGUCUCAGAUGAACUCCCAUCUCUCUAAUGCGCGGAGGGUUCUUAAGGUCUUGAUUAUCCAGAUCAGGUGUGUUUAGACUCAAGUUGGGACUAAACUACAGGGGAGGGAGGUCUCCAGCAUGGGCACUGGGUGGCCCUGUGCUCCGUCGGCACUGCAGAUGUGCCAGCCCUGACUCAGGAAGCCUGUGGCAGUGAGGAAGUCUAGAUUGGGAGGAGCUGUGAUUUAGGACACAGCUGGGCUCUGAAUGCAGUACUCAAAUGUGGAGUUGCCCUGUAAUCCCUGCAGUGAAAUUACGAAGGAGUCAGCAACUGGAAAUGGUGUGUGUGUGUAAAACGAGUUGUCUUUCAUGACAGUGUGAGUGGAAAUAGUGUUGUUUACACUUGUCAACAACCUUUUUUUUUGAGUUACAAUAAAAUUCUAAUCCUGGAGAAUCUUGAUU